UAUCUGUAAAUCCUCUCUCUCUCUCUCUCUCUCUCUCUCUCUCUGGUAGACCAAGCACCAAGAUUUAUAUAUUACGGAAUAGAAUUUGUCUUCUUCUUGUUUCACACCACACCAGUCUUGCUUCACUGGCCAUUGUCAUCCAGGCCAUGGGAAGCUUAUCUUCUCCCUUUGCUCAACUCAAGAUUCUUCUUCCUCCUCCAUGCGAUUGCUCCGUCUCCCUGACUCUCCUUCCAAGAUAGCCCCAUACACGAUAACCCCUGAAUCAUACCUCUUUUUUCUCUCUCUCUCUCUCUCUCUAGCGAAGUGGAUCCCAAAAAUCCAUUCAACCGCCGCCCCUGUGGUUCGAUCAGGGAGCGCCGUCUUGUUGCAUUGUGGGGGUGGAAUUUCUUCUCUCGUUCAGCUUCAAGAAUCUGGUGGGACUGAUUCCUUUUCGCCAUUACUGGGUUUUCCGUAGUUUUAAUCAAGAAAUACAGCAUCUUUGUCAAGACCCAUCUGCGUGUAAGUUCAAGAUUUCAUGUUUUUUCCAGGGUGAGUUGAUUAUGUUGUAUUGAUUGAUUCUGGGGUCUCUCCAUACAUGGGUUUUGAUUUGCAAGACUGUCACUGAAGAAGAGCCAGAAGGAGGAGUCAUUAAUACUCUUAAUGUUGGGAUUAUAUGGUAAUGCUGGGGGAAUCAAGAGGCUAUAAUUUCUUUUUAGGAAACAAUAUUAAGGUUUUGACUGUUUGUGGGAAUUGGCUUCUUUUACAAGGAUCCAAAAAGGGAAAGAAAAGGGAAAUGAGCAUCGGUUGAACCUUCAAAGCUGCUUUACAUUGAGUGCCGCCCAUAUGGAAUGUUUUCUUUUUCUUACUCAGCAUCCAAUUGUUUUCCUUUACGGUUCGGCGAUGUCAUGGAAUUUGAGUGAUGGUAUAUGUGCUGGAAAAAAACCCCUCGAAGCUUUCCAACUCUGCCAUUUAGGGAUCUGAGUCCUGAGCUGGUCGGUUGUAUUGGGGAGGUUGAUUGAGUUUUGUGGGUAUUUCCUUUUACUGGGUUCGUGGGGUGAGCAGGGAUCGGAAAAAGUGCGCGGUGCUGAUCUUCGCUAGCAGAAGGCAUCGAUGGGGCUUCUUCGAAGUCUCGCGAUGCUUGUGCUUCAGUUAUGGUUGUUGCGACCUCUGGAACUUGGAGCCCAGAAUGUUUCAAAUGGGAAUGUCGAUUCUGCGAGGGCUUUGGAUAUGAUGCUACAAGACUAUGCUUAUGGGGCAUUUGUCCGUCCGAGAACUGGCAUUCCUUAUGAUGGGGAUGUUCCGUCGAAUAUGACUGGUAUCACUGUAUCCGCGAUGAGGCUUAGAAGUGGGAGCUUGAGGAGGAAAGGUGUUAAGAUGUACAAAGAGUUUGAGAUUCCAACAGGUGUUAUCGUGCACCCGUAUGUGAAGAGGCUAGUUCUGGUGUACCAGAACCUUGGCAAUUGGUCUAUAGUGUACUAUCCUUUGCCUGGUUAUACAUAUUUAUCUCCGGUUUUGGGUCUUCUUGCUUAUAAUGCAUCCAAUUUAUCAGCCACAAAUUUGCCCGAGUUGGAUAUCAGGGCUUCUGGUGAACCUUUUCUGGUCCACUUCAGCAGCAUCAGACCGGCUCCAGCAGGGUCCGUGCCAAAAUGUGUUUGGUUUGAUUUGGGCAGUUUGGUCAAUUUUAGCGAUGUAGAAUCGGGAAAUACAUGUUCAUCGAAGCAACAGGGGCAUUUCUCAAUAGUGAUUGAGUCGAUUGCCCCUUCUCCAUCUCCGACCUUUCCUCCACCACCCCCUGGUCCGAGUCCUGGGCCGAGUGGUCAAGCAAAGAAAAGUUCCAGAUCUUGGGUGGUUGUUGCUUCAGUGCUUGGUGGACUGGCAUUGUUGAUUUUGUUGGCAAUGCUGGUCUUUUGGGUGCAAAGGUACAAGAAAAGGAAGAGAAUUCAGCGAAUGGAAAGAGCUGCAGAAGCAGGGGAAGCUCUAAGGAUGAGGCCAAUCGGCGAUACGAAAGCCCCGGCAGCUACAGUCACCAGGACUCAACCCGCCCUCGAGCACGAGUAUGUGCCCUAACUUAAAAAUAAACCGUACAGUAUUCCCCUCCUACUUCGGUACGACUUCUCAUUCAAAUUCAAUCCAUGUAUCCAGAUACCUUCUUUUCCUGCUUGCAACUAUUCUUUUUCUGGGUGCCUUUGGUUGGUUCUGUCCUUGGGUAGGCUCUCGGUUUUAGUGUGGGGGGUAAUCUUAGGAUAUCUGGUGUAAAUCCUUGUUUCUUGCAAAAAUCUGUCCAUAGUCUUAUGAUUCUUUGUGCUAUGCUCCCCGCGCAAAUCUGUUCUAUUGUGCAUUCAAUGCACAUAUCCUGUCGAUGAUCGAAUAAAGUUAUUCCCCAUUCUUGUCA